UAACUAGUGUAAGCUAAACCCAAUUUCUUCUUCUCAACUGAAGAAGAAAAUUCUAUGGGUAACUUGUUAUGAGUUACCAACCCAGUUGUGAAAUUACUUUUCUUGGUUUAUUCGUGGUUCAAAGUUUCAAUCUUUUUUAUCAGUUUCACUUUCAAGAUUGGUCUUUUAUGGCCAACCCAGAAGCUCAAGAGACUGAUCAUAGUAGGAAUACGGUUUUUGAGUUGAAAAAGGAGUUACAGAGACUUGUGAAGACCAUUCUUGAUGAAGAUGAUUAUGGCAUGCAUGUAACUGAUGAGGCUUUGAGAGUCUUGUCUUGUUUGAAAGAGUUUAACUUGAAGAAAUCUCAUUCUUUAAGUGUUGAUUGCUUGGAUGUUCCUGAAGUGUUCAGGUGUCCUAUUUCUGGAGAGAUUAUGGCUGACCCUGUUGUUUUGGCUAAUGGCCUGACUUUUGACCGCCCUUGCAUUGAGAAGUGGCUAAAUGAAGGCAACCGAUCAUGCCCUCAAACCCAUCAAGUCCUCUCCCAUACAGUCCUCACUCCGAAUCAGUUGGUGCGUGAAAUUAUUUCACAAUGGUGCCAGGAGCAUGGCAUUGAGCUGCCAAAAGCCAUUCAGGAUAUUGAUGAGGAUUUCAUAACUGAUGUUGACCGAAGCUAUUUAACUUCACUGCUUGAGAAGAUGUCCUCUUCUCUUUCCGAUCAAAAAGAAGCAGCAAAAGAGCUUCGGUUGCUGACAAAGAGGAUGCCGUCAUUUCGAGCCCUUUUCAGCGAGUCAACUGAUACCAUUCUCCAAUUGCUAAAUCCACUUUCACCAGGCAGAGCUGAUACUGAUCCUGAUCCUGAUCUCCAAGAGGAUUUGAUCACAACUGUACUAAACCUCUCAAUUCAUGACAAUAAUAAGAAGCUAGUUGCAGAGGAUCCAUUGGUCAUACCUCUACUUAUUGACUCCUUAAAAACCGGAACCAUUGAAACUAGAAGAAAUGCUGCUGCUGCACUAUUCACAUUAUCAGCCCUAGAUUCUAACAAGCUCAUUAUUGGGAAAUCAGGUGCUCUCAAACCUUUAAUUGAUCUUUUAGAGGAAGGGCAUCCAUUAGCUAUUAAGGAUGUUGCUUCUGCAAUUUUCAAUCUAUGUAUUCUCCUCGAAAAUAAAAGGAGGGCUGUCCAUGCAGGGGCAGUCAGGGUGAUUGUGGGAAAGAUCAUAAACCAUACACUUGUAGACGAGUUGUUGGCUAUUCUUUCAAUGCUUUCGAGUCAUCAAAUAGCAAUUGAGGAAAUGGGAGAACUAGGCGCUGUGCCUUGCUUGCUAAGCAUCAUAAGGGAGAGCACUUGUGAACGCAACAAAGAAAAUUGUGUUGCCAUUCUGUAUAAUAUCUGCUUUAAUGAUCGGAGUAAAUUGAGGGAAAUUGGAGCAGAGGAAAAUGCCAAUCAUACGCUUUCUAGACUUGCACAAGACGGGACUUCCAGAGCCAAGAGAAAAGCGAAUGCGAUCCUUGAGAGGUUGAAUAAAGCUGCUUUAAUUGCACAUACAGCUUGAUGAAAUAGACCCCUUAAUUCAGAAACAAUCCCAUUCUGUAAAUACUCUUGUUUUUUCCCCCAAUAUACACAUUGAUUUGAGCUGAGUUCUGUAAAAAGUUAACAUAUUUAUACACAUUUCCUAUACUCAGGCAAGUUUUGGUCAA